UGCGCAUGCGCCGUACAUACAGUUACUGCCGGUGUUCAAAACUUUGCGGACAACUGCGUCGCAAGGCUCUGCGGCGCAAACAGCGUUUCCAAUGCGGUGGUUCGGAUUUGGUUUUAACGCGUUUGGACAAAUAUAUGUGCGCGAGAAGCUGCUGAAAGGGGAGUACAGCGAUGCGGCGGAAGACGUUAAAGUGAGUAGUCCAACGGAGCUCUGCAGUCAGCUGGACUGCUGCGUGAGGAACGAAUGUCAAACACAAGCAAGUUGGAGUCGAAGAGCAUCUUUGCAUCUGAAUAGUGACAGCUGUGUGUGCCUCGCGGGGUUCGACUCCAGUGAGUCGUGUAACGCGCGUCCUGUGACACGGAGUCGUGGCUGUAAAGAUGUCCUCAUCAGUGAAUCCUUCUUGACCCUCGCUUUUUCGGACCGAAUUGAGUCCUGGGACCUGCAGAAGCAAGAGGAGACUCCAUCAUGGAGCAUGGAAAUAAAACCCCACCCCGAGAGCUCUGGGCCCUGUGUGACGCUCCCAUUGGCCCCCGGGGGUUACAUAGCCCCUCUCCCGCCCCUCUACCGCCCGCUGUCACCACACCUGCGAGCCAAGAGGCUGGCGCUGAGUUCAGAGCACGCCGUCCUGCUCGGGGCCUCUGGAGCUGUGUACACCUGGGGACUGGGCAGCCAUGGUCAGUUGGGGCACGGAGACUUGGCCUCUGAGGAGAAGCCCAGGAUAGUGGAGGCCCUCUGGGGGAUGCCCAUGAGCCAUGUAGCAACAGGAGGCUGGCACUCUGUCUCUAUUAGUGAUGGAGGAGACCUCUAUGUGUGGGGGUGGAAUGAAAGUGGCCAACUUGGACUUCCAUCGCGAGGUCUGAGGAAAGCACUGCAGCAGCAAAGUAGCCAACAAGAAGGAGCACGAUAUCUAGAUGCCAGCACAUCUCCUGCUGAAGAGUCCAAGGAGGGGGAAAAGCAUGAAGAGGUAUUCAUAUCAAUCCAGGCAUUCCCAGCUCUGCUUGACGUCACUCCACCAUGUGAAAUUAGAACAGUGAGCUGUGGAUGCCGCCACACAGCUGCAGUGACAACAAAAGGUGACCUCUAUACUUGGGGCUGGGGUGACUAUGGCCAACUUGGACAGCAGAAUUUACUCAGUUCAGAUGAGCCGCAGCGGGUGGAGUUCUUCAGGGAGCAGCAGAUGCAUGUGACUGACGUAGUGUGUGGGGCGUGGAACACUUUUGCUGCUGUCGUCGAGGAGGAAGUAGCUUGCUCAUAAGGACUUUAUGGGAUCCAGUUAAUUAACAUGGACCCUGGACUUUGAACAAACAUACCAGGAAGCAAAAAUAGUAACAGCAAAAGACUGAAUUGAGUUUUUAUUUAUUUAGUGAUAUACAAGCUCCUUUUUGUUUAUCUUAAAACAAUCAACUGCAUAAAUGAGCACUUUGGAGGUAUUAAAAUGUUUCUCUCUAGAAAAAAAUGAAUAAAUCACAGGUUAUAUAUUUCACAAAGAAUGCAUCAAACAGUUAAGGCAAUAAAAUCUCCAGAUAACUAUACUUGUAGGGAAAUCCCUAAAACUGUUGUAAUUGAAAAUUAAAUACCACAAGGGUUAAAAGUAGAGGUCUUUCCAAAGGCCAAUGGACGUUUUCACAGCACAAUCUUAAAAGAACUG